GCUCAAAGUGACUCCUCUUUUUCCUAAGAAAAAAAAAAGCAACAUAAAUUUUGGUCCUCUUCUUUAAGCUAUUCUUUCAUAGACAAGCGAAAGUAGUAUUUGUGGAGCAAUAGUUGAAUUAAUUAAAUUAUCAAUAGACAGUAUUGAAUUCUAAAGCUUGAGAAAGAAUAUUAUUAUGGAAGUUCACCGCUGCCGAUUUGUUGAAUACCAACCUGCCGCCAUAAACUCGCUCGAUUUCACACCUUCCACAGUGAAGAGAACCCGAUUAGCUGUUGGCCGAGCCAACGGAAACAUUGAGAUUUGGGAUCCUACACAUAACUUUCGCUUAGAGAAAACGAUCCCUGGUGGUGAAGAUCUUUCAGUUGAAAGUGUUGUUUGGGCUCAUCAGAAUACAGUUGUCAAUCCUGAUCCCGACGAUGAUCCCGAGGAUUUGAAAAAAGAAACCGAAUUAUUAUUGCAAAAGCCUCCUCGACUUUUCUCUUCAGGCUUAAAUUCCUAUAUCAUCGAAUGGGAUACAACCACACUUACAGCCAAGAGAUCUUGUGAUUCCAACGGUGGUGCAGUUUGGUGCUUAGCUGUCAACAGUAAAGGUACUCGAUUGGCAGCAGGCUGUGAAGACGGUUGCAUCCGUAUGUUUGAUAUUGCAGAUGAUAAUUUAGAAUAUAUCCGUACCUUUGAACCUCAGAAGGGUCGUGUCCUUUCCAUCGCUUGGGCACCCAAAGAUGAGUUUAUCGUUUCCGGCGGUUCCGACUCAGCAAUCCGUACUUGGGAUCCUAAAACAGGUCGUACUAUUCACCGUAUGACAGUAGCCAAAAACCGUAAAGAGCAAACAUUAGUUUGGGCAGUAGCUGCUUUGAGAGGUAAUACCAUUGUUUCUGGUGACUCUCGCGGUGCUGUCACUUUCUGGGACAGUAAAUUAGGUACAGUGAAACAAUCUAUUCGAGCUCACGGUGCCGAUGUGCUCUGUGUGGCCGCAUCUAAGGACGGAAAUCAGGUAUUCUCAGCUGGUGUGGACCGUAAAGUGACAGCCUUCCGUCGUACGUUGAAAAAGGACAGCAGCAAAAAUGAAAAGAAUUCAGCAUCGAAGGGAAGCGGAAAAACUGUUCAUGAGUGGAUAAAUGUUGGCAGCCGUCGUUAUCAUUGGCACGAUAUCCGUGCUCUUGCUUUGGAUGAAAGACCUCAUAUUAAUUCUAUUGUCUCUGGAGGCGUGGAUGUCGAAUUGGUCUCUUGUCCAGCCAUUGAAUUUCCCAAAUUGAUACAAAACAGAUUACCGCCCUUUUCACAAAAAUACAUUGUUUCGUUAUCGAAAGCACAUAAGAUUGUGAUGGGCACUUUUUUCAAUUCAAUAUCCCUAUGGCGAUUGGGCGCUGCCGCGAACGUAGAUACCGCCUCGAAAAACCCAGCAUUACCAGAAAUGAUCAAACCUCAUCAACUUGCUCUAGAGCUUAAAUUGAAACCCGACUGUAAUAUCACUUCAAGUGCAUUAUCACAAGAUGCCAAUUGGCUUGCUGUUUCUGAUGUUGAAUCGGUCAGACUUUUCAGAGUAAGCCAGAGUGCUGAUCCAGCAUUGUUAGAAGUGAAGAAACAGCGAAUCUUUGAGACCAGCUUGAAUACUUAUUUAGCAACACACAAUGCAGCACCCGGCGCACAUCAUGUUAUAUUCACUCCUGGAUCAGAUAAAUUGAUUAUUGUCACUGUUGAAUGCAGACUAUUAAUUGUCGACAUUAGUAAAGCGGAAGAUGGCAUUUUUGAAAUUGUACGUGAAUUUGGUCAUCACAGAGGCCUUGAUAGUGAUGGCAAUCCUUAUGAGGAUGAUAACACAGUUGCGACAGUAGUAUCUGUAGAUGUCAGCUCUGAUGGACAGUGGUUAGCUACAGGCGAUGAUGAUAAUCGUAUCCAUAUAUUUAACUUGGACAAUUUGAAGCACCACAUGAAGCUUCCCCAGUCUUCUGUUCCACACACAGCAUUAUCUUUCAACGACUUUAGACCUAAUGAACUUUGCGUUGCCUUGGCAACAAACGCAUUUUAUAUUUAUGAUGUCGAGCAUAAGCGAUUAACCAACUGGUCUUAUACACACCAGGACAUGACUGGCUCUCGACUCUUAGAACAAAGAGAUCGUAUCCGUGGAGUUAUGUAUAACCCAGCAGAGCAAGACAAGAUGAUUUUAUAUGGUAGCACUUAUAUGUGUCUUGUCGACAUUAAAGAUAAACCUGUUCCCAAGAAACUGGGUAAAAGAAAAGGCAAGAGCAACAAUAGUGAAGCAGACGUUACUGAAAAGCAACAACAGAAUGCAAAGUCUACAUCAAAUGGCUCUUUAUCAAUUUCUAUAUCGUACCAGUAUCAACAAAUCUUACAUUGCGGUUUCAUUGGAGAAAAUCAAAUGGCGGUGAUUGAGAGACCCAAGUUCAGUGUUCUCGAGAAUUUACCACCUUCUUUUUACAAGGCACAUUUUGCAGCUUCAUAGACAGAUUUUUUUCACCUUUCCUAUUCUAUUUUAUUACUAUUAUUAGUAAAACCUGUACAAUAAAGAUUUUUACGAAUACACGGUGAUGUGAAAUAAUCAAAGGGUU